AUGUCAAUAGCGGCAAAGGUGAUGGCGAUGAACGAGAAGUUAGUAGAUAUGGAUACACAGAAGUUUCAACGGCAGCGAAAUGACAACCACACCAUCAAUGAGGCAGAGCCGUGGCGGCUAUUGCGACUCUUCACAGCUUACGAAAAUGUCCGAUCCAGCAGUGCCCCAACCAAUGCCAUGAAUGCGUGCGAAAGAUGA